GAGCCAGAGCGAGGGAAAGAGAUCUGACUAAUUCUGAAUUCCUCCCUCAAGGUGCCCCCUGACCUUCUGAUGGACCAGGGUCAAAGUUCAGGUUCAGAGUUCGGGAGUGAAGAGGAUCAGAUUCAGCAGAUCAUCUACUCCGUUUUACGUCAAGGGAGCCAUGAAAGCGAGGGUGCCAUCAGACACAGAGUUCAAGUCAUCUGCGAUAAGAUAAAAGGCCUGAAGUCGAGCAGAUCUGACUCAGACGUGAAAGAGAAACUGGAGGAAAGUCUGGAUGAAAAUCUGCAGUUACAGGACAUGCUGGGAAGAAAGAAAACGGAGUUAGACCAAGCUCACUCUGAGUUGACUCAGUUGCGAAUGGACAGGGAGAAUGCGGAGUCUAGAGUCAGACAGCUAGAGGAUCAGCUGGCUGGAUUACAGGAUGAGCUGAGGAAAGAAACAGACAACCGUGCACAAGCUGACACACUGCACACGGAGUUGAAUGCGGUGCGCGGUGAGCUAGCUGAAGUUUUAACAGAGAGACAGCGGAUGGAGGACUCUCUGAGGCAGAGAGAGAGAGAACUGACGGCCCUGAAGGGGGCGCUGAAGGACGAGGUGUCCUCUCACGACAGAGAGGUAGAGACGCUCCGAGAACAGUACAGACAAGACAUGGAGAAACUCAGAUCCAGCAUGGAGCAGGUCUCACAGUCUCAGGCCACUAUCGAGGCGGAGCGACAGCGUGUCAAUGCCAGUGUGCGGACUCUACAGCAGCAGCUGGAUGAGAGCAGAGAGGAGGGAGGGCACUGGAGAGAGCAGUUUCAGUCCACCAGAGACGAACUCCGCAAGACUAAACAAGAGCUGCUCCAGACCCGUCUAGAGAAAGACGAGUUUGAGGAAGAACUGAAAGAGUUGCAGGAGAGAGUUACCACCAUGAAACAACAGAUGCCAGACCCUAAAGCAACAGAUGCACUCAACAAGGAGCUGGAGUGUUGCCGUGCCGACCUCAAACAGGCCCAAGCGGAAGCGGAGAAACUGAAAACGGAUCUCGACAAGAAGGUGAUGGAGAUAGUUACCCUUAGAAGGGCCAAUCAGGAGCAAGAGGCGGAACAAAAGUACGAGAUAGACAGACUGAAGGACCAGUCACGGAGAGAUAAAGAGGAACUGGAGAAGGCACAUGAGAGGGCCAAGCAGCUUGCCGAGCCCUCAUUGGUGGAGGCUUUACGUAGCGAGUUGAGUGACGCAAGAGGGGAGGCAGAGCGUCUGCGCAGUCAGCUGCUUAAAGCAGAGGAGGAGCUGCAGACAGAGAGGGACAGACUGAGCUCUGCGCAGUCACACUCAAACUCUCUGAAACACCAAAGCGAUGAGCUCGAGGACACGAACGCACGCCUUAAAGACAAAAUCACACGUCUGGAGUCUCAGCUGCAGGAGCGUAUGUCUCAGAGUUCGGAGACGGAGCAGGAGCUGCAGGAGGAGAGCAGGAAACUGAGGAGAGAACUGGAGGAGGUCAAACGCAGCAGCUCCAGACUGAACCUGGAGAAAGAUGAACUGGCCCACACCCUGGAGGAGAGCGAGAGGGAGAAAGACACGCUCCGCAAGGAGAACACGCAACUGGACGAGCAGCGGAGACAGCUGGAGAGAACACUGGAGAAACUCAACAGGGAGAUGGAGCAGGCGACGGCGGAGUCGCGUCAGAACGCCCAGGCCCUGCAGGCCCAGCUGGAUGAACAGAGAGAGAAACUGAGGAGAGAGCAGCAGGACGCCCAGAGAAACAACAAAGAGAGACUCACCGAACUGGAGAAGGCACAGAGCAGCGUCCGCUCCGUACAGGAGGAGUUGUCCCGCGUGAAGAAGGAGCUGCUGACGUGCCAGGAAGACAAAGACAACGCCGUCCUGGACAAAGAGCUGAUGACCAACCGCCUCAAACACCUGGAGGAGGAACUGGAGAGUCAGCGCACAGCACACGGCAACUGCUCUAGAGAAAUUCGCAGCUUAGAGGACAAAGUGAAGCACUUACAGCUGGAGUUGGAGGAGGAGAAGAGCAGCGUGGAGAUGAUGAGCGAGCGGAUCACACGAAGCAGAGACCAGAUAGAGCAGAUGCGCUCAGAGCUGAUGCAGGAAAGAUCCUCCAAACAAGACCUGGAGCUUGACAAGAAUGCCCUGGAGAGACAGUUGAAGGAUUAUAAGUCUCGUGUUGCUGAGAUGGAGAGUCAACCUCGUUCAUCAGUCGGGGUUUCUCAGCUAGAGAAUAAAAUACAAGAACUGGAAGAGAGACUGCGCUCUGAGGAGAGGGAGAAGAAUUCAGUUGUUUCCUCUCAGCGUCGUUUGGAGAGAAAACUGAAAGAACUCAAUAUCACUCUGGAUGAGGAGAGACAACAGCACUCUGAACAGAGAGAUCAGCUGGCUCUGCGUGUGAAGGCGCUGAAGCGGCAGGUGGAUGAGGGUGAGGCAGAGAUGGAGCGGUUGGAUGGAUUGAGGAGAAAAGCCGUCAGAGAUUUAGAAGACCAAAUGGAACAGAGAGAGACUCUACAGAGCAGAAUCACAGCACUGGAGAACGAACUCAAGAGGAAGAGCGAACAGGCUCGACGGCAAGCGCUGGAGUCUUCGGUCCUGAGUUCCGACGACGAUGACGACGAUUACCUGAGGAAGACUCAAAAGACCCGCCGGCCGGUGACCAACUUCUCAGCCCUGAGUUCUGAUGACGACGACGACGAAGGCCUGUACGACUCCACCAGCAUCACCUCAAUCCUGACGGAGGGCAACCUGCAGACCAGCUCCUGCUAGAGAGAGAGAGAGAGAGAGAGAGAGAGAGAGAGAGAAAGAGAAAGAGAGAGAGAGAGAAGGGGUGAUUCACGGGGUGAAGGGAACUAAAGGGAAAAGUAGAGAGAGCAGAUUGCGUGCCGCAUGUCACACAGGGGGGGUCAAAACACUACACAACGUUGAUUGGGGAAGGAAUCUUUAGCCUUUCGCGAAAGACGGAAGCUCACCUUCGUAGAUAAAAGUAGAAAGGAACGAGGUUGAAACAGCUCAGUUUUGGCUGGAACGUUGAAAGAAGAACUGGAAUAAAUCUGAACGCUGCCCCCUUCACACCACAUCAGGUACAGAUUUGGAGAGAAACAAAAAAAAAAAAAACAACUCUUGACCGGAACAGAUUAAAAUAUGACAUGAAGUGGACGGGUGCUGUAAGCUUUAUGAGGUCAGAGAAACAAAGCACCGGGUUAUCUGUGCUAUAGAUAAGAGCACAUUGCGUAGCAACGAUAAAACAGUGAAGUGGAUCAGCUGGAAAAAAAAAACACCUCCUUUCUCACAGCCUACAGAUAAUCCAACUUGUGUAUUAAGACACGGGGAGCACUGAAUAUCUGGCACUGUACUGAUAAGGGGCCUGAAAACCCCAUUUGACGCAAAGGCGGCGGAACAUUACUGCCUGCCGACAUUUGACUUAGAUUUCAACUUCAGCGGAAGGAGUGACGUGUGUUAAAUGGCAAAGGAGAGAGGGACAGUGAAAAAGUUAAAGAGGUAAAAAAAAAAUUAAAAAAUCAUGAGACUCGCUGAGCGACAGUAAUUAAUGUGGAUUUUAUCUGAAUCGUAUGUUUGUAAUACUCAAAUAGACAGAUUAACAAUUGUCCCAUUAACACAGUAUGUUGUGGUACUGCCGUUUUUAAUGCACUGUAAAGAAUAAUUAAUAACUCGUAAUAGCCAAACAAAGAGUUUCAGCUGCACUGCCCGAGAUAUCACGAAAUUGUUGAGGAAUGUUUGUUUCCUAGGUUACCCGGGCAGUUCUGUAAACCUGUUCUAUAGAAUCUCUGUCGCAGUCUAUAGGACCUCUCAGAUUCCAUUAAUCCUCUCACAAGCAUUACGUAUGUGCGUGUGUGUGUGCCAAGCCUAUUCUCAACUCAGUCUUUGUGUGUUUGCGUGUGUGUGUAUGUAGUUCUCUUCCACCCGGCCCAGCGAAACGACACACUUCUGCUUCAGGCGGGCGCGAUCACUUUUUCUCUAGGAAAACUGCGACGCCUUUUGAGAAGAGACUAUUCAAUGUCUAAAUGAAAUCAACGCAUAUUUUUGUCAUUGUUGCUGUUAUUUAACCCCCGGAUGACAGAACUGACGUGUAGCACUCGUUUUUUUUGUUUGUUUGUUUGUUUGUUUGUUUGUUUUUAAUGAAAACACGUAUGGCCAACAGUAUGUUUGCAGUGGUACAAAGAACAAAGCAACUUUGUAAAAUAAGAUGUAUUUUUGUAUCUUAGACAUGAAUUUUUUCCUACAUUGACUUAAAAAAAGAGAAACUAUAUUACAGCAACUAUUUUUCCCACUAAAGGUUUAACACAACACAGUGAAACCGUAGCGAUACAUACAUCCCAUACGC